AUGCCUCAGAAAAGUUCUCCCAGUUCGAGAAGAACCAAACAUACUGAUAAAGAUUCUGUUCCCAAGACGAAGUUGCCGAAACUUCCUACGGAAUUCAUCGUAAGGCCUCAUGAGAACGACAAAGAUUUGACCAAUGUGGCUAACAUAUAUGUUUCACCUCAACUUCUAGAGAUAACAGGGUGGAAUGUGGGGAAUUUUAUUAAGAUAUCUAAAGGACUUGACGAUAUAAAAUGUGUUUUGUCUUCCUGGUCCCCGGCUGACGAGGAUAAGUAUGACGUAAAUGUUGUACUUAUCUCUGAAUACUACUUGAAGUUGGCUGGAAUACUAUUGGGUGAUCGUGUAACUAUUACCAAGUCUGCUGUGCAACCAGAGUAUGCAACCCAAAUUGAAAUUGAGUAUCUCUCGUCGUUGGAUGAACAACAGGCCAAAAAGAUGAUUCAGGAUAUAGGUCUUAUCUAUCAAGGAUUGGCAACCAGUGAUAUUCGUGUAAGAACUGUGAAUCAAGAUAUACAAAUAAAGCUUGCUGAGUUAUCCUUGGACGAAUCCUCAAAGUUUGGAUCUCAGGCUUUUCUCUAUCAUCCAAGAAGCACUAUAGUUAUGUCAACUAAGAAAGGGAGCAUUCUUGAGAUUCCUCCGAAAUUUAGUUUUAGUGCUGUUGGAGGCUUGGAUAAGGAGAUCUCCUUACUCAAAAAGAACAUAUAUCUUCCGUUGAACUUUCCGGAUGUUUUUAAUGACUUUGGAAUUCAGCCACCAAGAGGCAUCUUACUGUAUGGUCCCUCAGGUACAGGUAAAUCGCUCUUGCUGAAAACGGUAGCCUACGGGUCUCCCAAGUGUCACAUUAUCAGAAUUAAUGGACCCUCCAUAGUCUCCAAAUAUCUUGGAGGUACUGAAGAGAGACUUAGAGACUAUUUUAAGGAGGCUAUUAAAUAUGCUCCUUCAAUGAUCUUAAUUGAUGAGAUUGACUCUUUGAUUCCUACUAGAAAUAGUGACGAUACUACUGAGGUAGAUUCCAGAGUCAUUGCUACUAUGGUUACUUUAUUAGAUAGUCUUGAUAGUCCAGUGAUUAUUAUAGGAGCUACUAAUAGACUCAGUUCUAUCGAUGUCAGCCUUAGAAGACCAGGUCGGUUUGAUCAAGAGCUAGAAAUCCCUAUUCCAGAUGCUGAUGAUAGAUUCGACAUUCUUAGGAAGCAGUUCAAUAAGAUGUCCAACAGAAGUACCUUGACUGAGGAUGAAGUCAAAGUCAUUGCCAGCAAAACGCAUGGCUACGUUGGUGCUGAUCUUCUUUCGCUUACUAGAGAGGCUAUUAUGAGAUGUAUAUCUAGACGGCUAGCCGAUAUAACCAAUACCGAUUCGAAUGUUCGAGAAGAAUUGGACAACGUCAAAGUGGUUUACGAUGAUCUUCUUGAGGCAAUGAAAGAGGUGAGACCUAGUGCAAUGAGAGAAAUAGUCCUCGAGAUGCCCAAGGUUAAAUGGAGUGACAUUGGAGGUCAGAAAGUACUCAAAAGGAAACUUCGUGAGAUGGUUCAACUUCCAUUGACAGCAUCAGAGACGUUUGAACGCUUGGGGAUAUCUGCUCCCAAAGGUUUACUUCUCUAUGGACCACCAGGAUGUUCUAAGACUAUGACGGCUAAGGCUUUAGCAUCCGAGUCAGGAUUGAACUUUUUGGCAAUUAAAGGUCCAGAGAUAUUUAACAAGUAUGUGGGAGAAUCCGAGAAGAAAAUAAGAGAGAUCUUCAGAAAGGCAAGAUUAUCUGCACCCUCCAUCAUCUUUAUUGAUGAGAUAGAUGCAUUGUCUACUAGUAGAGACUCUGCAGAUUCUACUAAUGUAUCUCAACAAGUUUUGAACACCUUGUUGAACGAAAUUGACGGUGUCGAAGAAUUGAAAGGAGUGAUUCUAAUUGGUGCUACUAAUCGACCUGAUUGUAUAGAUCCUGCUUUGCUUAGAUCGGGAAGAUUGGAUAGGCAUGUCUACGUUUCUCCUCCAGAUUCUGAGGCAAGACUUCAAAUUUUCAGAAAGAACACGAUCAGGUUCGAAUUGGAGAGUAAAGAAGAGCUUUUAUCCAAGUUGGUGGCUUUGACGAAGGGAUUUUCCGGAUCAGAAUGUGUCCUUCUUUGUCAGGAAGCCGGUCUUAACGCCAUUAUGGAAAAUAAAGAGUGCCAAAACGUAUCCGAAUCCAAUUUCAUGGCUGCUAUGAAGGAUAUCAGCAAGAACAUUACUCCAGAAAUGCUCGAUUACUACAGAGCAUUUUCCGAUAAAUACAGGACUAGUGUGGUGUAG